AUUAAAUAUAAAAAAGUAUCUUUAGUCAAUUGUACUCCAUUAACCUCCGUGCAGAUUGACCUCAAAACAGCGGCAUAUAUCAAGUCGUUGAAAAGAGCUGCAACAUCUUUAAGCCCUUUGUUUCAGUCCACUGUUUUACAAGGGUUUAUAAGAGCAUAGCAGAAGGGUAGGAAGGUAGGUAGGCGCGUUUAGAUCGCAAAAUUGUAACGAAAUCUUCACAGAGGUAGCUGCAGAUCACAUCUGUGAAUCGAAAAGUAGACCGGCAGCUAUAGAUCGGCUGUUUUUAGGCCCAAAACUGUAAAGAUUUCAGCCCCAAAAGCUCAAAAAUAGCAAAUCAGACCCGCUUUUCUUUUUUCGCUUCUUCUUAUUUGUGAUUAUAGUCUGGAAUUUUGAGCCGCGAGUCGUAAGCCGCAAUUUUGAGCCCUUUCUGUAAUGGCAAACAUUGAUAUAGAGGGAAUUUUGAAGGAGCUUCCCAAUGGAAGGAUCCCUAAGACGAAGAUCGUGUGUACUUUGGGCCCUGCGUCCCGGAGCGUUUCGAUGGUUGAGAAACUAUUGAAGGCGGGUAUGAAUGUGGCUAGAUUUAAUUUUUCUCAUGGGACUCAUGAGUAUCAUCAGGAGACGCUCGAUCAUCUCAGGGAGGCCAUGCAGAAUACUCAGAUUAUGUGCGCCGUUAUGCUUGACACAAAGGGACCUGAGAUUCGAACUGGUUUCUUGAAGGAUGCGAAACCAAUCAAACUUAAGGAGGGACAGGAAAUCACAAUAACAACAGAUUAUACCAUUAAGGGUGAUACUAGCACGAUUUCCAUGAGCUACCAAAAACUUGCAGUAGAUUUGAGGCCUGGUAAUACAAUUUUAUGUGCUGAUGGCACAAUCACUCUUACAGUGUUGACAACCGAUAAGACAUCUGGCACUGUAAAAUGCCGCUGUGAGAAUACUGCUGUCCUUGGUGAACGAAAGAAUGUUAAUCUGCCUGGAGUAGUCGUGGAUCUUCCAACGCUUACAGAAAAAGACAUCGAGGACAUCCUGCAGUGGGGUAUACCUAAUAAAAUUGACAUGAUUGCUCUUUCCUUUGUUCGCAAGGGUUCAGAUCUUGUAAAUGUGAGGAAGGUAUUGGGAAAACAUGCAAAGAAUAUCAUGCUGAUGUCAAAGGUUGAGAAUCAGGAAGGUGUUGUCAAUUUUGAUGAGAUUUUGAAGGAGUCAGAUGCAUUCAUGGUUGCCCGUGGAGAUCUUGGUAUGGAGAUCCCAGUGGAAAAAAUAUUUUUGGCACAGAAGAUGAUGAUUUACAAAUGCAACCUCCUUGGAAAGCCUGUAGUUACUGCCACACAAAUGUUGGAAUCUAUGAUUAAGUCUCCUCGUCCAACUCGUGCUGAAGCUACAGAUGUGGCCAAUGCUGUUCUUGAUGGUACCGACUGUGUCAUGCUUAGUGGUGAGAGUGCAGCAGGGGCAUAUCCUGAGUUGGCAGUGAAGAUCAUGUCUCGCAUAUGUAUAGAAGCUGAAUCCUCAUUGGACUAUAGUUCUAUAUUCAAAGAACUAAUAAGAUCCACUCCUCUGCCUAUGAGCCCUUUGGAAAGCCUUGCAUCAUCUGCUGUGCGGACAGCAAACAAAGCUAGGGCAACUCUUAUUGUGGUUCUAACCCGUGGUGGUACCACUGCUAAAUUGGUAGCAAAGUACAGGCCACCUGUACCUAUUCUUUCUGUUGUGGUUCCCAUCUUGACAACAGAUUCAUUUGAUUGGACAUGCAGUGAUGAGACUCCUGCCAGACACAGUCUCAUUUACAGAGGAUUGGUCCCCCUUCUGGCAGAAGGCUCAGCAAAGGCCACUGAUUCUGAAUCUACUGAAGUAAUUCUGGAUGCUGCUCUUAAGACUGCAACUGAAAAAGGCUUAUGUAAGAAGGGUGAUGCAAUUGUGGCCUUACAUCGUAUAGGGUCUGCCUCUGUUAUCAAGAUCUGCGAAGUUAAGUGAGUCAAAUUCUAUGGCAACGGUUUGUGCUUCGGUUCUUCCCAACUUCUGCUUAGGUGGACCGAUGCCAAUCAGAACUCUUUAUUUGAAGUUAAGAUGCUAAGUUGGUAGCAUCCUACAAUUUUUCUUGCUUUUUUUGAGUUUCAGAAAUGUACUGAUCACUACUACGUUCAUUUUGUUAUUGCCUUUUUAUACCAACAUUUUGAAGCUUAUGCUAAUGUUAUCAAGCAAUAAAUGUGGCAAAAUUUUUUGGAAUCAUAGAACUUCAAUUA